UUUGUCGGCAGUGAGAUAACAAGAUGGGCACUGUGGAGCGCGCUGGUGACGCUACGUCAGAGGUGGAGUCCGGGGAAGAGGAAGAAAUCGUGGGGGGUGGCGAAUUGGCCCAGCACCUGAUGAAAAGCGGCAUCACCCGCAACGAGAUGCUGGCCGCUAUCACUUCCCGACUUCACGCCGAGGCCAUGGCGUCCCUCCCUCCGAACGUGCGCCGGCGCGUCCGCGCGCUCCGCUCACUGCAAAAAGAGUUCGUUGACAUCGAGGCCAAGUUCUACAGCGAGGUCCAUGCGCUCGAGUGCAAGUACGAGAAGCUUUACAAACCGCUGUUCGAAAAGCGUGCUCAAGUAGUUAACGGUUUAUACGAGCCUACUGAUGAGGAAUGUCUGAACCCGUGGCGCGAUGAGAACGAAGACGAAGAGCUGGCGAGGGCUGUACAAAGCGCAGCUAUCACUGAAGGGGAGAAGAAAGAGGGAGAAGAAACUAAAGCUGUUGAGUCUCCCCCAAUGAACCCGAAUGUGAAGGGCAUUCCCGACUUCUGGUACACGAUAUUCAAGAACGUAUCUAUGUUGUGUGAAAUGAUGCAAGAACACGACGAGCCCAUUCUUAAGUGCUUGCAGGACAUCAAAGUACACAUGCAUGAGGAUCCGAUCGGGUUCACACUGGAAUUCCACUUCUUGCCAAAUGACUACUUCACCAACACAGUGCUCACUAAGGAGUAUUCCAUGAAGUGCAAGCCUGAUGACGAGAACCCACUCGAGUUCGAGGGGCCCGAAAUCUAUUCUUGCAAGGGCUGCGAAAUCAACUGGAAGAAGGGCAAGAACGUAACAGUGAAAACAAUAAAAAAGAAGCAAAAGCACAAGUCGCGCGGCUCCGUGCGCACCGUCACCAAGUCGGUGCAGGCCGACUCGUUCUUCAACUUCUUUUCGCCUCCCGCCAUGCCCGAAGACCCCAACUCCACUCUCGCUUCGGAUAUUCAGGCGUUACUCACAGCGGACUUCGAAAUCGGGCACUACAUUCGCGAGCGUGUCGUUUCGCGUGCCGUGCUGCUGUACACCGGCGAGGGUCUGGACGACGAUGACGACGACGACUACGAGGAGGAAGAGGAGGAGGAGGAAGAGUGCUCGACAGAAGAAAGUGAAGACGAGGAACCGCCACCAAGGAGACGAGGGAAGAAACCAAACAAGAGUUCAGCAGCGGAAAACCCAGCGGAAUGCAAGCAACAAUAGCACAUACUCUACUGAAUAUAAGGCUUAAAACUCAAGGUCUGAUUGGCACCGAAAAACGCAUAUAACAUUUUGCACAUAUUUGGUCAUAUAUUUGGUGCUCUCAUAAAAUAGACCUUUUACAAUACGCGAAGUUAAGGAAACCUUGUGUACUAGAUAUUCAUGAUCAUACAAAUACGCGAUAAGUUGUAAUUGUUGUUGUCAUAAAGCACAUCGUGAUAAUCUAGUGCGCGUGGACCCUAAAGCGAGACUGCGCUAUAGUAUUAAGGUGUUGAAAACCUAUGGCUCUAUAAAAUAAUAUUUUUAGGAUAUAUUUAUCAAGAAAUACCCGAGUUUUUACGGCCGCUUGAAAAUUUAUAAAACCGAUAUUCCCUACAUUCCUUUUUUAAGUUUCGUAGAGCAUAGAUAUCCGCCUUAACUUAUCAGCUAUUUGUAAUAAUGAUUGUCCAUUUAAUGUGUUGUUUGUUAUAUGACCAGUGGUGCUCAGAGUGUGAUUGUUGAAUCGUUCGUUGUUAAGAACACACCCGAGUGGCUAACACUCGAUUGCACAAAGGUCAAUUAACUUCAAUGUUUCAUAAAGUAACACGUUCUUAGGGAACUUACAAAUUCUAAUCCCGGAAAUGUAAUCACAAAAAGAAUUAUGGAUGUCAGAAGUGAUGAUCGCGGGACUAUAUUACUAACAUCAUAAACAAUAACUUUCUAUGACUUUUACAAAACAUAAAUAAUUUAUAAAAAAUGAACCUUAUCCGUUUUUGUUGUACUAUCUGACACUGUAGAUCUACACCUCCUCUCCUGCGUUUUGCAUCGGAUUGGGUACUUGGUACUUGGUGUAACGGGCUGGUGUCCGCAACUCGACGACAAGGCGUAUCGGAUUGGAUAUUAGCGCUUUCUUUCGUUACCACAGCGUUAUCAUCCUUUGGAGCUUUAUAUUUAAAUAUAUUUUUAUUUUUGUCCCACUGCUGGGCAAAGGUCUCCCCUAAACUCCUCCAUUACUCCGUCUUUGGCGAUCUCACACCAGUCCUCUCAAACCCAUCAAGAUCGUCCCGCCAAUGCCUUCUCGGCCGUCCACGUUGUCUCUUUCCAUCCUCGGGCACCCAACUAGUGACGACGUUCGUCCACUUUUCGGGUAUGCGGCUAACAUGGCCCGCCCAAUCCUAUUUGAGCCUGGCUGUUUUGUAUGAAAGUAAAGUG